AUGGCGUCAAGAAAGACCGAUAAUCCUCAAUACGGCGACGGUGCCAGUCCCGGGAAAAUCUUCAUAGGAGGGUUAGCCAAAGAUACAACCCUAGAAACGUUCGUGAAAUACUUUGAAAGAUAUGGAGAGAUAACAGAUUCUGUUAUCAUGAAGGAUCGACAUACUGGUCGACCCAGAGGGUUUGGGUUCAUUACUUAUGCGGAUCCUUCUGUUGUUGAUCAAGUUAUUCAGGAGAACCACAUCAUCAACGAUAAGCAGGUUGAAAUUAAGAGGACCAUUCCAAAGGGUGCAUCACACACUAGUGACUUCAAAACUAAGAAGAUUUUUGUAGGUGGUAUUCCAGCAGCAGUAUCUGAAGAUGAGCUCAAGAGUUUCUUCUCUAAGCAUGGAAAUGUCGUGGAGCACGAGAUAAUACGUGACCACGCCACUAAAAGAUCUCGUGGAUUUGGCUUUGUAGUGUUUGAUAAUGAUAAGGUUGUGGAUACUUUGUUAGCUGAUGGGAACAUGAUUGAUAUGGAUGGUACUCAGGUUGAGAUCAAGAAAGCUGAACCAAAGAAAUCCUCAAGUUCAGCUUCUUUUCCUCCAUUUGGUAGUGACUCUAGGUCACGUUCUUACAAUGAUGGUUUUGGUGGAUUUGGUGAUUCUUAUGGAGGUUUUCCCGGUGGAGGUUAUGGCCCUGCAUCUUAUAGGUCACUUGGAGGUUACACUGCUAGGCUUAGCGAUUAUGGUGGGUAUGGAGGUGGAGAUGAUUUCAGUGGUGGUUUUGGAGGUUACGGGGGCAGUGGUGGUGCUGGUGGUUAUGCAGGCUAUAGAGGAGAAUCAUCAUUUGGCUACUCUGGCCGCUAUGGGUCGUACAUGGGUGGCCUUGGUGGUGGAUAUGGUGGUAGUGGGUUAGGCCCAUAUGGGAGAGGUGGAGCGGGCUAUGGAAGUUAUGGUGGUUCAGGCAAUGGUGGAGGUUAUGAAUCUGGCCCUAGUGCUGGUUUUGGUGGAACAGGAGGACUCUAUUCUAGUAGGGGAGGAUAUGGGGGCGGUAAUAGGUACCAUCCUUACACAAGAUAG